AUGUCGUUGAUACGGCCCAAAGUAGCUGACGCUCUUUCCUAUCUUGAUCAAGUGAAGGCCAGAUUCUCAAACCAAAAUGCUAUUUACAACGACUUCUUGGAUGUUAUGCGUCAGUUUAAGGCGCAAAGUAUUGGCACAGAUGUAGUCAUCCGUAGAGUGCGAGAGCUAUUCCACGGACAUCCGGACCUUAUUGUUGGAUUUAACACUUUUAUACCCCAAGGUUACAGACUAGAGGGUUCCUCUGUCUAUUCUCGAUCUUCCAGUGAAUCCUUCCCACCAGCAAGUCAAACUUUAUCCCAAGCGGAUAGCAAUUCAAGCAGCAGACUUCCAUCUUUUUCUGCCUUUCGUCACCCGGAAGGAACAACUCAUGAGCCAACUCCUACUACUUUACCUUAUCCACAGACAUCGGAGACUACUUUUUACACCCCUACAGUGACCCAUCCUCCUGUUCUACGGUCCCAAUUAACCACAACAGAGGCACAGCCGCCACAGUCUCACAGCUAUCAACGCACUGUCACUCCUAGCAAUCAAAAUGUCCUCGACAUGGUCUAUACUACUUCUCUCCCACCUCAAUCUCAGCCACCAUACAUCCCAAACGUACAUCAGUCUCCUCAAUCUCAGUCAUUCAGUCAUGCUAUAAAAUAUGUCAACCAGGUUAAGCAGCGUUUUCAGGCGCGCCCUGAUAUUUACAAACGCUUUCUGGAAAUUCUCCAGUGGUAUCAACGUGAGCAGGAGAAUACUGAUAGCCAUCGCAGAAAACAGGCGGAGAUGCAAGUUUUUCAGGACGUGGCCAAGUUACUGAAUGGCCAUGAUGAUUUACUGCAAGAAUUUAGUCGAUUUCUACCCGAAUCGACCAAUGUUUCUGAUGUGGAUGUUCCAACUGGAGGUAGGAAUGCACAAUAUGGUUCUGUAAGUGAACUUUCUUCAGCUGCUCACAACAGGUACGUAGGAAGUAGCGCAUCAGUUGAAGGUUCUGGAUGGAAUCGAGGUCAAGCUGACUCCUUAGUUCAUGCCGAAUCGAAGAAGCUCAAACGUGGUCCCGGAGCCUCAACUUCUCAAGGUUAUGGGCAAGGGGAACCGGUACCUAUUAAGAAAUCCCGUCAGGAACCAAGAGAUAUGAGCCUGUCUGAUCUCGGAAUAUCUGCAGGUGGACCUGAAGCCUCUCUAUUGCUUAGGAUUCGUAAUGCUUUAGAAGCUGAAAACUCGGGUCGAUUCUACCAGCAAUUACUCCAAACCCUCAACCUUUACAAUCGCAAAAUGUUGAGUGAAAAGCAUUUAAUGGACACUGCAAACACUACUCUUUAUCGUUUUCCUGAAUUAAGUCGUCAAUUUUAUGAUAUCUUCGUUUUGCCUCAUAGCGAAUCUGGCGCAUUGGAUUCGUACAGGUCUCCAGAACGCGAUGAUUUAAUAAAUGACGAUGAUGCAAAGGGUUAUAUCCCUAAUAGUGUGGUGUCGAGUCCCCACAUGCCCGAAUCUGGCAGCAAUAGGAAUCGCCAACAGCAAUCCGUUGCCCAGAUGGUGGCUGCGGUUAGCGAGCUUUCGCAAAAGCGUUUAGAUUUGGACUUUACCAAACUUCGGGUUUGUGGAGCAAGCUAUCGCAUGCUUCCACCCAACUUUAUUCAACCUAAAUGCUCUGGUCGAAUUAAGAGUUCAAUUGCUCGAGAAGUGUUGAAUAACACCUACAUCAGCUUCUCGUCAAUGAAUUCCGAGGAUUCGCAAUUUGUCACCUCAAAGAAGAAUCCCUAUGAGGAUGGAAUGUACCACACUGAGGAUGAACGCUAUGAAGCAGAUAUGGUGAUGGAGGUCAACAAGGCAGCUCUUCAAAAUCUUGUCGUUGUAAAGGAUAAAAUGGAUCAUAUGAACAGGGAAGACGCACAAAAUUUCAGACUGGAUGACAAUCUCGGAGGAAGUUCAGCAAUUUUGAUGAAAAAAGCUCUUCACAGGUAA